AUGCGUAACAAUUCAGUACGUAAAAGUCGAGCGUGUAUUAGACCUGAAAUAUCUCGUACUGGAAUGACUCCUGAAGGGAAGAAAGGUGCUAGUAGAGGGCUAUUUUUCACUCAGCAUCUCGCGAAAAUUGUUGUCAACGAUGUAUUCACUAAUUUUACAAAACUUGAUUUAUCAUAUCUGUUCAAGGAGAGCUAUGAUAAUGCCUUUCUUGAAAAUGUAUAUUCGGCGCCUGUAAUUUCACUUAAGGAAUUGCCAUGGAAAUUCCAGUCUUUGGAUUCUAAAGCCAUGCGAAUUCAGUAUAAAACAUUAAAAGAAUAUCUUCAAAUUGCUAAAUAUUUGAAAAUAAUGCGAGAUUUCAAGGAAGGAGUAUCACGAACGGCUUAUUUUGGUGUAGUAACUUGUUUUUUUUACGGAAAACGAAUUUACGUAGCACCUGAUCGAGAUACCUGGCAAGGUUACGAUCCAAAAUGGGAAGCAUCGCAAACUGAUAUGGAAAUAAAUUAG